AUGGGUGUGGCGUUAGGAACGGCAAAGCCAGUAAGGAUGUCGUUGAUGGACUUGUUAGAUACGAAUAGGCAGAUGGGGAUGGAGUCGAAUCGAGGAAGAGGCACCGUAAUAGCUGUUAAGCAGCUUUCUUCCAAAUCAAAGCAAGGGAAUCGUGAAUUUGUUAAUGAGAUUGGCAUGAUUUUUGCUCUACAACACCCUCAUCUUGUCAAGCUCCACAAAUGUUGUAUUGAAGGAAAUCAAUUAUUGCUUGUCUAUGAGUAUCUGGAAAAUAAUAGCUUCGCUCAUGCUUUCUUCAGGGGCAGAAGAAAGUCAUUUGAAGUUGGAUUGGCCAACAAGGCACAAGAUUUGCAUUGGUACAGCAAGAGGUUUGCUUAUCUUCAUGAGGAAUCAAGAUUGAAGAUCGUUCAUGGAGACAUCAAGGCUACUAAUGUUUUGCUUGAUAAAAAUAUUAACCCGAAAAUAUCUGACUUUGGAUUGGCCAAGCUUGAUGAAGAGGAUAAUACUCACAUUAGCACCCGUAUUGUUGGAACUUAUGGAUACAUGGCGCCCGAAUAUGCAAUGCGGGGUUGUCUAACUGAUAAAGCAGAUGUCUAUAGUUUUGGUAUUCUCGUUUUGGAAAUUCUUAGCGGGAGAAACAACACAACUUACUGGAAAAAGGAAGAAAGCUUUUAUCUUCUUGAUUGGGCACGACUUCUAAAAAAGCAUAGGAAUUUGAUGGACCUAGUUGAUCCAAUGUUGGAAUCAGACUUUAACAAAGAGGAGAUGACUGUUGCAAUCAAUGUGGCUCUCCUUCGUUGCAAUGUUACUUUGACAGCUAGGUCUACCAUGUCUUCGGUUGUGAGCAUGCUCGAAGGAAGGGCUGUUGUUCAAGAGUUUGUCUCGGAUCCAAAAGCAGAGAGUAUUGAGAUCGAUGCAAUGAGGAAACAUUUUCAAUCUAGUUUUGGAAGGGGCACAAACGAGAAACAGAUAGAAAUGGGGUCAACUGAAGGGCCAUGGACUGCUUCGUCUGCGUCUGCUCACGAUCUGUAUCCCAUCAAUCCUGAUUCAGAUUAAUGAGAGAACAGAAGCGAGAGAACUUGAGCUGCACAGUUAUCAGUUUGACUCAACCUUAGCACACUCAAACAUAUCAGCUAAUAAAUAAUUUGCAUUUCCUCUAUAACUAUUUUCUUUUUUCUGUUUGAUAAUAUAGUAGAAAGCAGAACUGAAGAAGUUUCUAAAGCAUGGUAAUUAUAAAUUGUGAAAUCAGCUCGUUUCAGUAUUUUGAAGUAUGGUAAUAUGAUUUUCUUUUCGAAUAAUAAAUUUAUAUUUCAAUACCUAGAUUGGAUCAAUUGUUUCGAUCAACUUCCUUCAAAAUAAAAAUUGAUCAUAAUCUUGGCUGCUAAGUUUGCAACACAGGGCAGAGUUUUAGUCAGAGGAAAAUGGAAUACGUUAUUUGGCAGCUAAAUUUUGGUAUUUGAAUGUUUUCGUGCUUAUACUGCUGAGUAUAAAAUAAUGGCCCCGCUGUUACUAAAAUUAAAGUAAUGCACUUAGUACUAGUUUGUUACCGUUUAAAUUUAAAUAAAAAUAAAAAAUAAAAUAAAAAAAUAGAAAAAAGAAAGAAAGAAAGGCGGGUAUCAUAAAAUGCUUCCAGCUUCAUAAUUUUAUUAUCACUAACGUUUUAAAAAGUCAGCUAAGUUCAGGCAAGUUCCAUCGU